UAUGAAUGUCGCACCUGUGGGAAAGCCUUCACUUUGUCAUCUUCUCGUGCCGCACAUGAGAGAAUACACACUGGAGAGAAGCCCUAUGAAUGUCGCACCUGUGGGAAAGCCUUCACUCAGCCAUAUUCUCGUGCUGCUCAUGAGAGAGUACACACUGGAGAGAAACCCUAUGAAUGUCGCACCUGUGGGAAAGCCUUCACUACGCCAUCUUCUCGUGCUGCACAUGAGAGAAUGCACACUGGAGAGAAGCCCUAUGAAUGUCGCACCUGUGGGAAAGCCUUUACUACAGCAUCUUCUCGUGUCACACAUGAGAGAAUACACACUGGAGAGAAACCCUAUGAAUGUCGCACCUGUGGGAAAGCCUUCACUCAGCCAUCUUCUCGAGCCAAACAUGAGCAAAUACACACUGAAGAGAAGCCCUAUUAA